GGCAGCGGCCCCCGCGCUCCCGUCGGCGCUGAACUCCGCGCCCGCACUUCCCCCAUCCCUCCCCAUCCCGUCCCGUCCUGGCUCUGCUCCUCCACGCCCCCUCAUCUCCCCUCGCUCCGGCCAGCCCUUCCCCCUCCAUGCGGCGGGAGCGGCCGGAGUGGGGCCCGUGCCGCGGCCGCGCCGAGCCCCGCCGUCCUUCACCUCUUCGCCGCCAGACCCCGCAGGGAGCCGCGGACGGUGUCCAUAGCGACAGCAGCGGGAACUUCAUGUUGGUGUUGCUUAUGCCAGAAUAUAGUAAGCAAGGCAGAUUAGCUCCAGCCUUGUGUAAACUUUUAAUUGGCCAACAUGAUGCAAUUGGGCAUGAAUUCCAGGUGGCUUUGGAAAUGAACGAGAACUGAGCGCUCUGGCUGGAAGCUGAACGUGAUGACGGCCUGGUCUAUGGUAGGGAAGCUGAAAAUGGAGAAGAGGCACUCCAGAGAAGACAGAAAUGUGGAGCAAGAUGUGGGGGAAUGCAGUGCUGAAUCUGAGGAAUGGACGAGCUCAGAAAGUGAGCCUGAGCAACCAUACUUCAGAGGCAGUGCUCAGUGGAGAGAAAAGGAGGUUUCCACCAAACCGCAUCGGCCGCUCUGCCGGUCCCCAUGCCUGGAUCGCCCAAGCUUUUCACAGAGCAGUAUCACACAAGACUUGAAGCUAGAUGAAUGCAAAACAAAUUUGGACAAGGAAUACCAAGCUAAAAUGGAUUUUGCUUUAAAGCUUGGGUAUGCAGGAGAUCAGAUCCAGGCUGUACUGAAUAAGUUGGGAGCGGAUGCGCUCAUCAAUGAUGUUCUAGCAGAGCUUGUGAGACUUGGCAACAAAAGUGAAUCAGAGGGACAAAGCACUGCCAGCAGUACCACUGGUACUCUGGUGUCAAGAGGCCCUUGCCCAAAGGAAAUAACAAGCCCUGAAUUGUCACUGGAAGAUGAAGUGGUGGAUAACAGUGAUAACUUGAGGCCAAUUGUCAUUGAUGGAAGCAAUGUUGCUAUGAGCCAUGGGAACAAAGAAGGAUUUUCCUGCCGGGGAAUUCAACUAGCUGUUGAUUGGUUUCUGGAAAAAGGACAUAAAGAUAUCACUGUGUUUGUACCUGCAUGGAGAAAAGAACAGUCUCGACCUGAUGCACCAAUUACAGAUCAAGAAAUCUUACGUAAAUUGGAGAAAGAAAAAAUUCUUGUUUUCACCCCAUCUCGAAGAGUUCAGGGAAGAAGAGUGGUUUGCUAUGAUGAUCGAUUCAUAGUAAAACUUGCCUUCGACUCAGAUGGCAUCAUUGUGUCCAAUGACAACUAUCGGGAUCUUCAGAAUGAAAAGCCAGAGUGGAAGAAGUUCAUAGAGGAGCGGCUGCUAAUGUAUUCUUUUGUGAAUGACAAAUUUAUGCCUCCAGAUGAUCCUUUAGGACGUCAUGGUCCAAGCCUUGAAAAUUUCUUGAGAAAAAGGCCAGUCAUUCCUGAACAUAAGAAACAACCGUGUCCUUAUGGUAAAAAGUGCACCUAUGGGCACAAAUGUAAAUAUUACCACCCAGAACGUGCAAACCAGCCUCAAAGGUCAGUAGCGGAUGAGCUUCGAAUAAGUGCCAAAUUAUCUGCUGUGAAAACUAUGAGUGAGGGAGCCUUGGCCAAAUGUGGCACAGGGCCAUCCAGCUCCAAAGGAGAAAUCAGUUCUGAGGUGAAACGCAUUGCCCCAAAACGUCAGUCAGAUCCAAGCAUUAGGUCAGUAGCUGUGGAGCCUGAGGAAAAGUUAUCAGCAGCCCGGAAGUCCGAGGCCAGCUCUGUCCCGUCUCUGGUUUCUGCAUUAAGUGUACCAACGCUCCCUCCACCAAAAAGCCAUGCAGCUGGUGCAUUAAAUACUCGUUCUGCAAGCAGUCCGGUGCCAGGUUCCUCACAGUUCGUACAUCAGAAAUCCUCACUGGAACAUAUGUCCAGUGUGCAAUAUCCUCCUAUACUAGUCACCAAUAGCCAUGGCACCUCAGUUAGCUAUAUUGACCAGUAUCCCAAAUAUGAGUCGCUGGGGGACCAUGGCUAUUACUCCUUACUCAGUGAUUUCUCCAACUUAAGCAUAAGUAGUAUCCGUAACUCAGAUUAUUACGGGGCUGAUAUGGACCAGGGGAUGUAUUCUAGAAACUCAAGCCCCUGUCCUGACAAUUGCUUAAGCCAUACAAGUAAUGAUUCUUAUUCCUCUUACAAUGACUUGUAUCUGGGUGUAGCAGAUGCCAGUCCAGAAGACAAUGUGAAGAGCCACAGACUGCCAUCGAAAAAUCGUCUUCAGCCUUUCCCUCAUGGUUACCAUGAAGCCUUAAAUAGAGGUCAGAGUUACGGACCCGAAGAGCCUAAGCAAUCCCUUCGCAAACAGUCAGUUUCCCACUUAGGCCUACAUGCCCAGCAUCCAGUUGUUGGAGCACGGUCCAGUUGUCCAGGAGAAUACCCUGUGCCUCAAAACGUUCAUCCAUCAACUGCACAACCAAGCCGUGCCUUGGUGAUGACCAGAAUGGACAGCAUUUCUGACUCUCGGCUCUAUGAGAGUAACCCCACGAGGCAGAGGCGGCCACCUCUGUGUCGGGAGCAGCACGCCAGCUGGGACCCACUGCCCUGUGCAUCAGACUCCUACACCUACCACUCCUACCCACUGAGUAACAACCUCAUGCAGCCCUGUUAUGAACCUGUCAUGGUUAGAAGCAUGCCUGAGAAGAUGGAACAGCUCUGGAGAAAUCCCUGGAUUGGGAUAUGUGGUGAGCCAAGGGAACCUCACAUCAUCCCAGAACAUCAGUAUCAAACAUACAAGAACCUCUGCAAUAUUUUCCCUCCAAGUGUUGUCCUUUCUGUGAUGGAGAAGAAUCCCCACAUGACAGAUGCACAACAGCUGGCAGCUAUGAUUGUUGCCAAAUUAAGAACAGGGCGUUAGAGCAGUACAGCCUCUUUUGGAUAAUUGAACCUGUACAGCACAUAGGACCCAGAGGAAAACUUACAUG